AUGGACCGAACCGAAUUUGAAAAGUCACAUUUUUUCCCCUUGAUCGAUAACUUAUUCGGUCUUGUACUCUUGUGUUCUAUCGAUCGUAACCCAAUACUUACCUCGCUUCUCUCGUCUGCUCUCACUAUAAGAUUCCCUCCCCUGCUCGCCGCCGUAUGCCGUCGCCAAAGCCACCGGUCGGUGACCUUCGAUAGCCACAGCUACAUCGUCGCACCCCAGCUGCGUUUGAUAAGAAAAUUAUUAUUAAAUUGCACUAGAAAAAAUGGCGGGAAACAAAGGAUAACUAGGGCACAGCUUCUCUGCCGAUUGGGAAAUUAUUUCUUAGCAAAAGAGUCUGGAAAGUCGGGGAAGAAAUCAGCCAGAAAGCUUUCCGAAAUUGAUCUGGUUGAUGAACAGGAACUUCGAGCUGAGGUGUCUAACAUUGAGCCAAAGCAUGAGAAAGAAAUUGCUUCACUGAUAAAUAGUUACAAAAGUCAGUACAAUGACUGGGUUUUUGAGUUGAGAUAUGGUUUUGGUCUUCUAAUGUAUGGUUUUGGAUCUAAGAAGAGUUUGAUUGAAGAUUUUGCUUCAACAGCUUUGACUGAUUAUAGUGUGAUUGUUGUUAAUGGAUACCUUCAGUCAAUCAAUCUUAAACAGGUUGCCAUUGCAAUGGCCGAAGUACUAUGGGAUCAGUUGAAAAUGCAACAACCAAAAGGAUUACAUCAUAAAGACCAACAACCAUUUGAUUCGAGGUCAAUGGAUGAUGUUAUCGGUUUUCUUGAUGGGCCCCACAUAUCAGAAGAUGAAUGUUUAUUGUGUCUUGUGAUUCACAAUAUUGAUGGGCCUGGAUUGCGUGAUUCCGACUCUCAACAUCUUCUUGCAAGAAUUGCUUCUUGUUCCCAUGUUUGUAUUGUCGCUUCCAUAGACCACGUGAAUGCACCUCUAUUGUGGGACAAGAAAAUGGUUCAUGUGGAGUUCAAGUGGUGUUGGCAUCAUGUGCCUACUUUUGCAGCAUACAAAGUCGAAGGAGUCUUUCAUCCUCUGAUUCUUGCUCAUGGUGGCACCUCUCAAACUGUAAAAACAGCUUCAAUUGUCUUACACAGUUUGACACCAAAUGCCCAAUCUGUCUUCAAAGUUCUUGCACAACAUCAAUUAGCUCAUCCUGAUCAAGAAGGAAUGCCAAUUGAUACAUUGUUCACAAGCUGUAGAGAGCGGUUUCUGGUGAGCAGUCUGGUGACAUUGAAUUCCCAUUUGACCGAAUUCAAAGAUCACGAAUUGGUCAAAAUCAGAAGACACUCUGAUGGACAGGAUUGCCUUUACAUUCCUCUCUCCAAAGACGCACUUGAAAAACUCGUGCUUGAGAUCAACCAAUAAGAGGCUUUCUGCAACCCCCAAAGACAACUGAUUAGGUUUCUUGUCAGUUGAAUGCAUCACGAUUAAUUUAGGUGUCAUGUGCACUUCCUGAAAAGGAGGCAUUCGUUAUGUUUGAAAUACUUAAACAGAUUACCUGUCUGUUUUCGGUUCAUGACCUAUCUUUUAGUUAAAUACUUAUAUAAAUUGUAAGUUUUGUUAAUUAGUAUUUGUAGAGACAUUAAAUAAAGUAAAUCUAUUUAUACUAAGUAAAAAAAAGACAAACAAAAUGGAAUAGUUUUUUAUAAUGACGUCAAGUAAAGAAAGUCAAAGACUAUCGUUUUAACAGUUAUAUUAUCCGGGAUAUAUCUACAAUUGGCAACGUGAUCGUUUUAUUGUAUUUUUUAGCCAUAUUUCUCAGUUGCAAAAUAGAAGCAAUCAAUCAAUAAUAAUAAUAAUAAUAAUAAUAAUUGGUUUAAAUAUAGGGGA